AUGGAGAAGAAUAGAGAUCACCCAAGUCCUAAAAAUCCCACCGGCGACGAAGAAAUGGCGGCAGAGAAGCUGCUUAAACCGGUGCUUCAGAAACCACCAGGCUAUCAUGAACUUCACGCGCCUCCGGAAACUCCAAACGCAUCAUCAUCGACAAAACGUCGCCGGCCGCCAAAGCAUAUGAUCCCGGCGUCUUUUUACCCGGAGAAGAAGAGACAGUGGAGUCGUUGCCGCGUCUUCUGCUGCUGCGUCUGCAUCACCGUCGCGAUCGUCAUCCUCCUCCUUAUCCUCACCGUCUCCCUCUUCUUCCUCUGGUAUAGCCCGAGACUCCCCGUCGUACGCCUCGCCUCCUUCCGCGUCAGCAACUUCAACUUUUCCACCGGAAAAUCCGGCGACGGGCUGUCGCAUUUAACGGCGGAGGCCACUGCGAGGCUCGAUUUCAGAAACCCUAACGGAAAGCUACGGUACUAUUACGGCGACGUUGACGUGGCGAUGAGCGUAGGAGAUGGCGAUUUCGAGACCAGACUAGUAGUAGUAGGGUCAACGAAAGUCAAAGGAUUUGUGGAGAAGCCAGGGAAUCGGACGGUUGUGAUCGUUCCGAUCAAAGUGAAGAAACAACAGGUGGAUGAUCUGACGGCUAAGAGGCUUCGAGCGGAGAUGAAGAGUAAGAAGUUGGUGGUGAAAGUGACAGCUGAGACAAAGUUAGGAUUGGCCGUGGGAAGGCGUAAGAUUGUUACGGUGGGGAUCAGUCUCAGAUGCGGUGGCGUAAGAUUACAGACGCUUGAUUCACAGAUGACUAAAUGCACCAUCAAAGUGCUUAAAUGGUACGUACCUUAA